AUGUCCCUGAACCAGAUGCAAAUCAAGCAGGAGCUCACCCUCCCCCCCGGGCUGAGCAAGGGCAUCCCCAAACCGAGCCAGGAGCCCCCCGCGCCCUGCCCCGACCCCAUCCCGUGCCCGCAGCAGCAUCCCGAGCUCCAGGACCCCGCGCCCUGCCCGGAUCCAGCCCCGGCGUGCCCAGAAAAAGCCGUGCCCUUGCCAAGCCAGGAGCCGGGCAAAGGAGAAGCCCCCGCGGUGCCCCAGUGCCCAGCCCAGGACCAGCAGCAGCAGCAGCAGCAGAGCAAGUGCCCUCCAUCCUUCCCAGCCGAGGCUCUGCCGUGCCCGGAGGAGAAACCAGCCUGCCAAGAGCUGCCCGUGUCCCGCCCUGACCCGGUCCCGUGCGGGCAGGAGAGGCAGCAGUGCCAGGAGAGCCCCGUGCCAGCCCCCGGGACCCGCUCCGAGGCUGCAGCGGGUGCCCAGGAGAAGCAGCAGAUCAAGGAGCUCCCCGUGCCCGUCCCUGUCCCGCUGCCCGACCCCACCCCGUGCCCCCAGGAGAAGCAGGAGGUCAAGGAAACCCCUGUGCCCGUCCCUGUCCCGCUGCCCGACCCCACACCGUGCCCCCAAGAGAAACAGGAGGUCAAGGAGCUCCCCGUGCCCACCCAGUGCCCCCAAGAGAAGCAGGAGAUCCAGGAGAUCCCUGUGCCCACCCCGUGCCCCCAGGAGAAGCAGGAGAUCAAGGAGAUCCCUGUGCCCGCCCCGUGUCCCCAGGAGGUCAAGGAGACCCCUGUGCCCACCCCGUGCCCCCAGGAGAUCAAGGAGACCCCUGUGCCCACCCCAUGCCCCCAAGAGAAGCAGGAGAUCAAGGAAACCCCUGUGCCCAUCCCUGUCCCACUGCCCGACCCCACCCCGUGCCCCCAGGGGAAGCAGGAGAUCCAGGAGCUCCCCGUGCCCGCCCCGUGCCCCCAGGGGAAGCAGGAGCUCCAGGACACCCCGGUGCCGGUGCCAGCUCCCUGUCCCGACCCAGAGCAGCGCUCCCUCCCCGAGAAAGCCCCUCCCGUGGAGCAGCAGCAGCUCAAACAGCCCAACCCGUGGCCUCCCGCCCAGAAGUAA